GCCCCCAAGCAUCGCAUUAAAAUUUUGGUGCCGCUUUUGUGGCGUUCGCCAGCAGUCUCGAAAUUGUCACGGAUUGGAGACGUAUUGUCACUGCAAUCCGGGACAUGUUGCGGGGAAAUCGCGAAGGAAACUUUUCGUUGCUGAUACGGGCCGUGCUCGGAUUCCUGGUUGCGCUUUAGGUGUGUAUUUGGAACUCUCCGGUUAGGAGAUAGAAGCGAAGCAUUAGGGUUUGAUGUGGGAAGAAAGGAGCAAGGUUGAAGGAGCAGGAGUCAGCUCUGAGUAGUAUCGGUCCUGGACGAUAGUGGUAUCGCUUAUGAAUUCGAGGUAAUGGACGUUGUUGGAAUGUGAGAGUGUGAGGGUGGGAGAAGAUUGUUUCUUCAUAUUGCAUUCCCAUUUUAUAGGGAGGUGGUGGUUCGUUCUCAAGGUUUCCGAAGGAAACAGAGUCGUGGGAAGGGGAUGAAGGUGCGGAUGCAAUCGGGUUUGUAGAGAGGCGGGUGCGUAAAGUGUCGUCGUAGAUUCCACGAGCGAUAUCACAGUUCAAGCAGCUUGAGUGAGUAGUCUGCAUCGUUCAGUUGCAGGAAGUAGUGAGAGUGGAGAGUCCAGGAAGGCAAACUUGUUGGUUUUUUCUGUUGUAGUAGAGUUCCUGUUGGAUUGGAAGGUGGACUUCACACCAAGUAUUCUUAGCAGUACAGAUCUGAUUGGGGAAGGGUUAAGAAAGGAGCACUGGAGACUUGUGUUACUUUCGCCGGGAACAGUAGAACUCUGAUCAGCUAGUAAGAUUCAGGGAAGGAAGAAUCAACAGAGAUUGAAGUCUUUCUGGAAAAAAUGUUUUGGCGAGUACCUGGGUUAUCGACCACUUCUCCGGUUGAGUCGGUGCUCGACAAAGAUGUCUACACCCUGGAAGAGCUCCUGGAUGAGGAUGAAAUCAUCCAGGAAUGCAAAGCUCUUAAUAGCCGCCUCAUCAAUUUCUUGCGUGGGAAGUCUCAAGUUCAAGCGCUGCUCCGUUACGUAGUGGAGGAGCCACCGAAAGAUCCAGAUAGCAAGAGUCAAUUUAAGUUUCCGUUUAUUGCGUGCGAGAUUUUCACGUGCGAGAUAGAUGUUAUUUUUAAGACUUUAGUUGAGGACGAAGAGCUCAUGAAUUACCUCUUUUCUUUCCUGGAGCCUGAUCGACCACAUGGGACGUUGUUAGCUGGUUACUUUAGUAAGGUGGUCAUCUGCUUGUUAAUUAGAAAGACCAUCCCAGUGAUGCGAUAUUUACAAGCUUACCAAGAGGUAUUCAAGAAGUUGGUUGAUUUAAUUGAUAUUACUUCUAUCAUGGAGGUUUUGGUACGGUUGGUGGGUGCAGAUGAACAUAUAUAUGCCGUCCAUGUAGACUCAUCGCAAUGGCUGGCAGACACUGAUCUACUCGAAAUGCUUGUAGACAAACUUAGCCCGCAGCAUUCUUCAGAAGUUCAUGCAAAUACUGCUGAGACAUUAUCUGCUAUUACGCGUAUUGCUCCAUCUGCACUUGCUUCAAAACUUUCUAGUCCUAAGUUUGUGGGGCGCCUCUUUCACCAUGUGUUGGAAGACCCAGAGUCUAAGUCCACUCUUGUGCAUUCAUUAUCGGUUUGUAUAUCUCUCUUGGAUCCAAAGCGAGCCGCUAGUGUUGCAGCCGCAGGAGCCGCUCGUGGUCAGCAUUUGACGGAACCUGUACCGACUGCAAACCCAGAGACAGUUGAAGGCAUGCUACAAAGACUAGGCGAUUUGCUUGAAGUACUGGAUGUCUCGAAAGAUGAAAAGAUGUUGCCGACAACGUAUGGGCGGCUUCAGCCACCGCUGGGAAUCCAUAGGCUGAAGAUCGUGGAGUUCAUUGCGGUUUUGUUGAGAGCAGACAGCGGAGGCGUCAGACAUGAGUUGGUCAACUCAGGAGCAAUUCAACUUGUUUUGAAGCUAUUUUUUGAUUAUCCCUUCAACAACAUGCUGCAUCAUCAUGUGGAGAGUAUUGUAACUUCAUGCUUGGAGAGCAACAACCAAAAAUUGAUUGAUCACUUAUUUCAAGAUUGUAAAUUUUUGGAUAAAUUAUUGGCUGUCGAUGAGAAUCCUUACGCUCCUGACAGUCACGAAGCGCCAAAACCAGCAGUUAGUAAGUCACCCACAAGGAUAGGGAACAUGGGCCAUCUUACUCGUCUCGCUAAUAGGAUUAAUCAGGCCUCUACUUCGAAUGCUAAUAUUCAAGGUCAUGUACAGGUUAAUUCAAAAUGGAGUUCCUGGGUGUCAAAUGUUUUGCAGCAACGGAAUCUUAUUGAGAAUGUUUUUCAGUGGAGUUGUGGACGACCUACAGCUGUACAGGAUCGCCCUUUGGAUAGUGAUGAAGAUGACUUCAAUAAUAGAGAUUAUGAUAUACCGACUAUGGCCAAUAACAUAAACCGUGAGGUUUAUCGUUAUGGCAUGUUUGACAACGAUGACGCUGACGAGGGUCACGGGGCAAUGGAAAGAGAGGAGGACACAUCUUUUGACGACGAAUCUGCUGAGGUCAUUUCGUCGCUUCGACUUGGUGAAGAGCAAGACAGUGGUAGGGCAGACAAUAUGUUUGGCUCAAACACCAACUGGUUUGCGUUUCAAGAGGACUUUACAUGGUCAACAGAUGAGCCUCCUCCAACAUUCCAUGUAACUUCACUUUCUCAGAAUGAGGAUGGACCAGCUUCAAAUGCUCUCUCUCCUCAUAAUAGCAGUGGAGAUAGUAGCAGUGACGACGAAGUGGUUGUCGGAGAAGAUGAGGAUCUUGUCGACACUGCUACUUCGGAUCAUGGUAGUUCUAAAAUGAAUGUAAAAUUUGAGCCCAGUCUCGUUAAUGGACUGGAGCAUGAGACAAAAGGCAGUCCUACAGAUCAUUCUCUAGAUGAUACAGAAUUAAGCACACAGCUUGAAAAGGUUAAUCUGUCAGACAAUCUCUCGUUGUUUCAACCACAACAAGAACCACUUGCAGUCCAUAUGGAGUUAACUAAAGAUGCACGUGGUUCUCCUGUAAUGAAGAGUGAGAGUGUUCAUUCUGAACCUGUAAUUGCUCCUGUUGCCUAUGUGCAUGAGCUUAUUCCAGCGGAAGGGCACAUGAUUAAUCCAAUGACAGGUGAAGAAAUUUCAGGCGUUGAACCUAAUGGUACAAUCAAAGCCUUGGAAAAAAUGUUGAAAGAAGGAGUUGUAGGUGAGGCUGGACCCAUGUUUAAGGACGAGCAUCAAGAAGGUGAACUUGAUGCUCCGACAAUGGAUUCUGGUGCUGUCAACUCGGACUUCAAUGGAGUGAAUUAUUGGCGCAACGGCUAUUCACAGCCGGUUGUUGAGGAUUAGUUGCGAGGACAUAUAAUCCUAUUUCAGUUUGUUUGUAUAUCUUUGAUGGGUAUGACUUACCGAUCAGCGUGUAUUAGAAAUGGUUUCUUUAAGCCAGUGGUCUGUAGCCCAAUUGUCCGCCCUUUAGCGUGUCUCAUUAUACCUUCAUACUAGCAUUCAGUUGAAGGAGGCAGGUAAUUGAUUGACAAAGAUCUCAUUAUGUUUCCAAUGUCUACAGAGACUCGUCUGCAAUGCUGUACAUAAGUGGCUCCCAAUCAAUUACUUUCGCUGUAGUGGAACUGAUGGGAUUGUGCAACUACGUCCUUGUGUCGUAGCUCGUUGUCUGAAUAUAUAGCGUACCGGAUUAUGUACAGAUUUGCAGAUAGUGUAAUUCUAGCACAACUGUCGCGUUGCGAUUGAAUUCUACGUGAUUUCUAGCGUCAGUGUAAUUUGCCACUAUUACUAAUCAGGUAUGAAGCCGUUUUCAUUCCUGUUUCCUCAAAAAAAAAAAAAAAAAAAAAAAA